UGUGUCGAAUGUGUGCUCUGAUCCGAGGGGUGUGUUGCGGGUAAGUGCGCGUCUUUUUUGCCUGUAUGUCUGUGCCAGUUCCUCUACAGUUUGAUUCCUAUCUCACUUGCGUUGACUUGUAUGGAGUAUUCGGUUGUCUACAAAUAUUCCUCUUUCACUGCAGGUUCAUCGUUAUUGAGAUUUGCACAAAAUAUUGUGCCAAAAAAAACCCGAUUUCGGUUAGGUGUUACUCAAAGCAGACCCCAUCUGCUAUGUGACGAUCCCUAAUGUGCAGGAGUUGCCAUGUUGUUGUCCUAUGAGAGGAACAAUGAGUGACAAAAGUCUCAGUAAACCAAAGCCAGUUCUUCUUGCAAUACAGAAUUGGCACCACACUAUGAGUGGAGACCAGACCUCAGCUUCCCAGCAGGGACAACCAGCUGUGGUAGCCCCCAUCCUGAGUAUCAACCCUGGGGAACCAGUAGACAUGGAAUGUCCUAUCUGCUAUCAAGAGUACAACCAGUACAACAAGUGCCCCCGGACGCUGGAGUGCCUUCAUGUCUUCUGCACCGAGUGCCUCCAGAGGAUCGGACUAUGCCUUUCUGAUCCGUCUGAUCCCAGGAGCCUGUUAGCAAUCCCUUGCCCCCUCUGCCGACACCUUACCCCUCUUGAGUCCAGGAAUGCUCUCUCCCUGCCCUACGACUCCCGUACACUGGCCAGGCUGUCCGCCAUGACCUUCCGCGUGCCAGUGGCCAUUGCAACUCGCCUCAGCAUGGUCAACCAAAGAGUUGCAGUCUUCAUGGAGGAUGACAGCAGGGAUACCCACUUCAUUAUCUUGCCUACAGUGAGCCUACAUGUGCAACAGAUGUAUCCAGAUAGGCCAUCUGGCACGGCACCAGGCCUGGUGGGAGAAGAGGAAGUUGUCCAGCAGAGUAAGAAGACCCUUGUUUGUGUGCAGCUGCUGGCCCUUGUCUUCUGGGUGUUGUUUGUGGUUGUCUGUGUGAUCGGUGUAGUGUUUGGUCCACAUUACUUUAAAAGGAAAUUUUAACAGGAAUUUAAAACAGUCAGAAUAUAAAACACAAUGAAAUGGUUUUAGGCACUUUCACACUUUGCCUUCAAAACAGCAUCAGUUCUAUGUACCUGUACAUACUCGUAGAUUUAGAGGGAUUUAGUUGGUCAUUCUAAACAACAAGAAUUAACCAUGGCUUUGUGUGUUCAGUGUGACUCAGUUCCAUCUGUCUCUCCAUGUAAUCCCAGAAUACU